UUUCAAGAUGGCGGUAAAAACAUGCAUUCGAAUAGUUUGUAAACUGUCCCAGUUCUUUGAGCAAAAAACACUUAAUCUCUUCUAAAAUGGCAAGGUAUAAAGCAAGAGGUUCUAUAAUUCAGUUCAAAUGGCAAGAAACCGCGGAAGGACGCGAGUUUUUGGGGGGGAUUUUGCAUCGAAACAGAAGAAAAAUGUUUGGUGAGGAAAUCAAUCCAUUCCCGAUUCUAAAGUUAUUACCAAGAGUUAGUUUAGAAAACUAGCAUGCAAUGUAAAAACAUUUUUUCUUUGUUUUCAGGAGUGCUUGAAACACCCAGUCUUCCACCACAGCUAAAUAUAGAGACUGUAUCCUACAAGAUUAUUUUAACUGGCAAGCCUGCUGUUGGAAAGACCAGUACUGUGGCUAAGCUUUUAGGAUACGGUAAAAUGGACAGACUUUCUGCAGAAAUAUAUAUAUUUAGUAUAUACUAAAACAGAGGAUAGUGUUUUUCGUGCACUCUGAUUGGCUACUGAAUGAGUGAAUAUCCUGCAUUAGUAUUUACCAAAUCAGUGAAUAGCAAUUUUUGCGCAAUUUGAUUGGCUCCCGUAACUCCGAAUAUCCUUGGCUAUUCACUGUUUUGCGACCGGAGCCAAGAUGGCGUCCCGUUUCGAGACAUGUUUGGAAGACAAAAUUUGUGCGAUAAAUAAAGUAGUCGUACAAACAAAUAUCAAGAAAGCGACGACUUUUGGCUUGUCAGUGUUCACUGGUAGGUAAGAAAAUUAUUACUUUCAUGCUGAAUUUGCAACAAAAUGGUAAAAUGAACUUGACAAAACCUCGAAAUGUUUGUUAACUGUGAACAAAGUUCCUGCUAAGUGGCGUUUUUAAUUUACAAAGAGUUGCUUUUUCAGUUUUAUCCAACUGAUUUGGUAAAUUCUAAAACAACUAUCCCCCUCAGGGUCAGUGAACAGCACUAGAUAUACACCUCGACGCUUCACGUCUCUAUAUAUAUAUCCACCACUAUUCACCUCUCCUUUGGUGGAUAGUUGUAUACUAUUCACUAAUUCACCAAGCAAGCGACGCCAAACUCGUGUAAGUUGAGAUCAAAAUACCUUCCCGGUUUGCUGCUGUAAGAAGAGAGAAAUUUCACAAAUAAUCAAUCAAGCUGUUCCUGAAAUACACGAAGAAGGUGACAAAGUUCGGUCUCGAAGUUUUAACAGGUAAAGCUUUGUCUGGAAAAAUCUGUCUGGAAUUUGAUCAGGUGCUCUGAUUAGUAUGGAAUUUCUGUGGGUGAGGUGUAGACAUCUCUCCUAGUAGCGAGGAGCAAAGAGACUGGUGUAUUUGUAGGCUUCCCCACAUAAUGACUUUUCUUUUCAUUGCUUUUUUUCAACAUUUAGAUGUAGCAUAAAGAUUUUAGAUGCUCAUGGAUAUAUCAUUCCAUUAUUUUUUAUGGUGCUUUAAAAAGAGCACUAGCACUAAUUUAACAAAACCAUUUCAAUAUCUUUAGUCACAGUCAACAAAACAGUUCUAGGCCUUUCACCUCUAGUUGCAUUAAACUAAGUUACUCGAUGAAAAUGAAAAUUAUGUUGUAUUUAAUAUUGAGUAAUCCUUAUUCAACCCAGAAAUCACAAGUGGUUAGAACUAAUAUCAUUAUCUGCUCUGUUUUGAUGCAGAAAUUCCCCGCAUUCAUGUAGAAACCCCGGGCAUUCAAACCUCAGUUGUCUACUGGCCAGCAAAGGUAUACAUUUUUCUAGCAAAGAAUACAUUUAUGAUGAACGACAACUAGGAGGUAACUCAAGAUUGCGCUUUGCAGACAGUUGUCAAAUAGUUUUGUUUCUUCAAACAUCAAGACUCAAUCAAAGCAAAACUAUUCCCAAAGGGCAAGACAUUUUCAAGUGUUUUGUUCAAGAAAAGGACAAACAAGGCUAUUUUUUAUUUAGAGUUUACUGACUUCUCUCAAAGUUUCCCUGACAAUAUUAGCCAACUCUCUUGGUGAUGAUUUCUUUGAAAACUCUUAGAAGAGAUAGCAACAGUAUCUCUCCCUUCUGUUUGCUUUCUAAAUCCUUUUGCUUCAAAAAGCUCCUUCCUUAGACUUCAAUUCAAUUUUAUACCCUUGCAAUUUGUCUGUUUUCAUAAUCUCUGCUGGCAACAAAAGGAUUAAUUUGCUUAUUAUUUACAACUUUGCCUAUUUCAGGUGAAAGAGAGCCAGAAAGUUGUUAUGUUCAAGCUUCAGUUUUGGGAUUGUGGUGAACAUGCUGUCAGAAAAUAUGAUCAUAUUUUGCCGGUAAGAAUUAAAAUACUUGAGAGAACAUUAAAUUUAAAUAAUAUACACAUGAAAUAAUAAUUUAUUAUUUCAUUUAGCAUAUCACUUGUGAAGACAUGGUAUAAAUCUCUAAAACAAAAAUCUUUUUUUUGAUAAAAAUUUAACCCAUGAUCAGCCCCAUUUUUGUCAUAAAAGUGGUGUUUAGUAUUCUUUUACUUCUAAGACUUACAGACAAAAUAAUAAGUUCUGCAUUUUUUUUUACUCUCUUACCUACAAACAACCUCAGUUUUGAAAACAAAUUGUUGUUUCUUCAUAAUUCGCAACACAAAAGAUAAUAAAAAAUUGAAGAUGCCCUCUAACAAACAAACAGACAAACAAAAUGCAAAAAAAAAAACUGCCAGCUACUUAAUUAGAGGCACGGUAUUUUUAGGAAACUUUUAGACAACCUCAUUCCCAGGGUUCUCUCCUACCUGCCCUACGCAGUGGGUAGGAGAGAACCCUGGGAACGAGGUUGACUUCAAGUGUACCUGUUGCCAUGCUGUUGCCAUGGUGAUUGUAAUUACCCUUUUCUUGUCUAUUUGAAUCAAAGUGUGAUAUUUUUUUGUUAAUUUUAUUUCUUUUAAAGACACUAUUAAAAGAUGAACCCUUAAAACAGCCCCUUGAGUUUAGACUGCAAAACAGUCCGUGUUUUUUCUCAAAAUUGUUUUAGUGUAGCUGAAGAGUCUCACAUGCCUGUCCCCAGUCUCGCUCUCCGUUUUCAGCCUCAGUCCAGACCCUUUGUUUGACUGCUUGCGCGUACUUAAAUACGCAAAAAUACGGGAUGUUUUGCAGUCUACCUUGAUUUUUUAGUUGUUCUCAAUCCACAGGCACUCAAAGAAAAAGCUGAUGCAGCACUUUUCCUGUUUUCAUUUACUGACAGGUAUGUUCCUCUUUGAUAAUACAGUGGACUACCAAUAACUUGAACCUUCAAGGGAAAUUGAAAUGUUUGAGUUAUUAAGGGUAAAAAUGAAUAGAAAUGAUCUGAAGGGUAAAUAGCAUUUUCUGCAAAGUUAACUUUGUACACAUACACUGUACCAGAAAUAGAGAUCUAAUACGUAUAGUACUUGUUCCAAAGUGAAACGAAAGUUUAUUUUUCAUGUGUUCUGUAUUCUGUCAAAGCCAGCUGUUUUAUUUUUGCCUGUUUUCACAGGGGCAGUUUUGAUGACUUACCAAAUCAGGUAAGUGGAGAAAAAAAAAUUAAUUUUACACCCUGAGGAAACAGCCGACAUUUGUCGACGCCACCACUGGGUUCCCUGUGAAAUGAGUGAGUGCAGAAAUUCCACUUUGAUGACGUCUUACUACUUAGAUCUGAAGUGCUUCUGAUUGGUCGUGCCAAUUUGUCUUUACGAGUAGUCCCCCAUUUUUCCUCGGGGGUAGCAGAGCGAGCGAAACGCAAGCGCGCGUGAAAAUCACCCCACGCGAGAAAGGCGAGACGUCGAGUGUCACCUUUUCUCGCGUGGGGUGAUUUUCACGCGCGCUCGCGUUUCGCUCGCUUUACUAUCCCUGAGGACAAAUGGGGGACUACUGAACUCGUAGUCUACAGACUAGUCUCAGUAUGCAUUUCUACACAAACCGAUGCGGUCAUAGGCGCAACCAAAAUGGCUAAUUCGGUCCGAGUGGAUCGUCCUUCAGAUAGAUCUUGACUACUAACAAUUAUGUUUUCACUCUCUGUGCAGAUAAAUCGUAUUCUGGACGAAGGUGACAAGAUUCUGCAAAUAGCUGUUGCCACUAGAUAUCCUUUCAAAUGUUCUUACAUAUGAACAAUGAGAAGAAAAAGAUGGUACUCCGGUCUCUCCUGAGGGCCGUUGCGUUUAAGGAAGUCUUUAAUGUCAUAACGAAUGGUCAUUGGCCGUAAAGCGUUCAACAGAAAGUCUUGAAAAGUCAAAGUUCCAAGCCUUAUUUUUCAAACAGGGAAAAAAUUCUAGAUAACUCUAAUAAAUAGGUGUAAGAAUAAUUAUCGCCCAUUUUCAUUUGUUGUUGUUGUUGUUUGAUGGGUUCUUUGUUUGUUUGUUUGUCACCUUGACAUUUUUAAUAGUAAAACUUGUGAGUGCAAAAAAAUUUUUAACCCUUUACUGUGUUUUUUACGAUUAACAGUUAACCCGAGUGAGACCUCACAACGCCGAAAGGUUUUUGUUAAUAUUGCUCCUUAACAUGUACCAAACUUGACCAAAUUUUGAACAGCGAUUUUACGGAACAAGAAAUAAGAGAGUUUGAGGAUCAGUGGCAGGUCCCUGUACUCAGAAUAGCGAAUGUGACCGGUCAGAGAACGGCUGAUGGUAGAGGUUUGGACGGCCGGUCGGGGAUUAUGGUAAGUCAGAUAAGCGUUAAAAGCCUUUAAAACCUGAGUUCAAAAUUUGAAUUCUCAUUUGUUGCCCCUAUUCAUUUCCUACAGAAGUUGUGGGGAGAAGUUGAUGAGAUCAUCUUAUGUGAUCAUGUCCGUAAUUCUCAUGACCACUCUGUUUUACAAGGCAUUGAUAUUACAAGGAGAAAUUUGAUGCUGAUCACCCGUAGGGCUUGAAGGGUCAAUUAUUCCCCUCACACCACUGGGGCCAACUUAAAAAUCUGUUAUUACAUUUUAUAAAGUACAGAACCAUGAACAGUACUAUGUAUAAGUACUGCGUCGGGUUAUUCCUUAGCCGAGUUGCAUUGCGCAAAACAGAAUCUAUGGCGUUCCGUUAAUUAAGUUAAUUGUUCAUAGAUUUAGACUGCAGUUCGGUUAAAGUACAAAUAGUCGAAAGGCAGUGACGUUUCGGACGCCAACCCUUCGUCAGGGUCGGAAUGAAUUGUUACAACGAUGUUUUGUUUGACCAUAACUCACUUCUUUGGAGUGAAGUAGUGGAUCAGCUUUUAAUUUUCUUAAGUUCUUUAAUUGGUUCUUGUUGACGGAGCCUUUGUAAGUCAUGAGGACGUUAAUUAAGCUCAGUUACUAAGAGAAGAUAAUACUUAGUUCAGUCGUGUGUUCAUGCUAUCCACAAAAUCUUUAAUUUUUCAUUUAUAGCCUGCGUAGUCGGUGGGGUUGUUAUUUAGCAUGGGAAAAGUUGUGGUAAAGAAAUUACGAAGCCGUCCGGAGAAUGAGGAGGAAGCGCUUUAAAAUCCCUCGCGCAUUCGGAGCUCGCUUCUCACGGCAAAGCCGCGAAAAUGGCGGCCUCCGCGCAAAAACUCUUACAAGCGCAUUACCAAUUCCCCCAGCCGCGCAGGCUAGUAGGUCAUUUAACGCUUUCGUUUUCCAGAGAUAACGGCGGAACCAUAUAUCUUGCUUCAAAAGCACGCGUAGAGGCGUUGUUUUUGCUCAAGAUCCCUUUUUUGCGCAGUUCUUGUUCUUGUUCUUGUUGUCUUCACUGUUCUGGUUCUUUCUGUUCUUCAGUUGUCAAUUUACUAGUCGUCUUAAACUUCAAUCACGAGAUCAAAAUUAAAACUGUAAAAUGACUGUAGGCGUCGAUCUUGGCAAAAGCCCAUAAGAACCCUAACGUGACUGCCAUACCCUAAGUCUUUAAUCAAAAAUAUAGAAAUAACUCACUUAAUAUGUAUAGUCUGCAAUAAUAAUAACCCAUUACAAAUCACGUGAAAUUCUUGCGGGUAUCUCACUUGUCCUUCCCGGUAUAACAAGUGCAUGCGAGCAGGCUAACUAAUAACUGAGUCUGCUCUCACGUGAUCUGGUAAUUGAGGAAACUAAGCGAAAAGUCUAUUGACAUUUUUAGGAUAUUGCACCGUUCCUGAACUCUUUGUCAGAGUUGCUAUGGCAACGAGAUCAGGUGACAGCAGCUUCCGGGAAGAGGCAAAUAUCCCGGCAUUCCUCUGGCGCUUCACGUGGUUCUGCGGAGUUCAAGAUUUACAUUUGACGGGAUGCGGAAUUAAAGGGUUUGAAUGUAGAAGUUCAACCGCGGAGAAGUGGAUUACAGCAAUGAUGGCUCGAGUUUCAGGUUUUGACUUUAACGUGAGCUUAAAGACAGAAAUUUUGAUGCCUGUCAUAAAUCGCUAUAGUAAAAAGUCGGAAGUCGGUUGGGCUUUGGGAAUAUUUCACGCAGAACUUCACUCUCUUUUGAAUUAUCUUGAAUUAAGGAAUUGCGAUCUCUCGCAGAGGGAGAAAGGGGCCUACGCGAUGCUUUCUUCCUCUUAAAGAAUGAAGCCUAAAUCACUCAAGUUUACCCCAUGUUACCCGGCUCUUCUCCGAACUAGACUAUUCUGAAUCCUUUGUAGUUUGAUGUCUUUUUAUUUCACCAAAACAAUAUUUCAAGUUCUUCUUCGCUUCCAAGAUAACUGUGUGCGUUGCAACCUCAAUAGAGCAGAUGAAAAUUUCCUUUAGUAUCCGAUAACUCGGAUGGAUGUUAAAUCUUCAGCGUUUUCGAAAUUAUUAAGGUAGCUUGCGAGCAGGCGCACUUAUGCUAUUCGGGGAAAAUUUUGGCGGUGGAACUGUCAUUUUCUUGCUCGAUGACGGCUUCCAAAAUUUUCCUCGAACAAGCACAAGUGAGCCUGCGCGGAGGCUAUGAGGAAAGCAGUUCACGCAGUACACGUGCCGUAAUACAUACGAGCUUCUCAUUAUUGAGGUGCGUUUGGAUAGGAGUUUCUUCUGUUUUCAUUGCAAAGAAAUUCCUAGCAUCAUAUCCUUAAUAGGAAUUGAAAACUUAUGCGUUCUGGAAUAUGAUGCUGUAUUCCUAAACUGAAAUGAACAAAACGAGAGAGAAAUAGUCAUGAUACCAGCUUACUCUCGACAAAUCAAUCAUGAUUUUUCACGUUUUCUAUUUUUAACUAGAAAAAUGAAAUACACUGACUCGCCUUGAAGCCAAUUCUGGGUUCAAUCAGUUGUUCUUUGUCACUCUUCUAUUUUACUCUAUAGUUUUUUGAAAUUUUGCUUUAUCUUUCCGACUUGUACUAACUUCUUCAGUCUUCCUUCCCCUCCAUUAAGACGGAUCUUUGUUAAUCUCAAUGGAUAAACAAGAGAAUAGGUUACACUUUAGUCUUUCAUAAAAAACACACAGCAUGCAAAUGAAUUCUGUAAUUACCCUGUAAUAUUUACCAGGAACAACCAAAUGUACAUAUUUUUUGUUACUUUAGUUAAAAUUCACCGCUUUAAAACGGACCUUAUUUGAAUAACCAAGUAUCAGUUUUACAGAGUUGUCUAUCUAUAUUGUUGAGGUAGAGAUAUCAUGUGAAGUUUGGUAUCUUUGGGGCACAGAGAACUGUCUGUGCUAAAGAGGUU